AUGGCUUCCAAGUUUCUUCGAGAAUAUAAGCUAGUAGUCGUUGGUGGGGGUGGUGUUGGAAAAUCAUGUUUGACUAUCCAAUUAAUCCAGAGUCAUUUCGUGGACGAAUACGACCCGACAAUUGAAGACUCAUACCGCAAGCAAUGCGUGAUCGACGACGAAGUCGCUCUGUUGGAUGUUCUGGACACGGCUGGUCAGGAGGAAUACUCGGCCAUGCGGGAGCAAUACAUGCGCACGGGUGAAGGCUUCUUGCUCGUCUACUCCAUCACAUCUCGUCAAUCGUUUGAGGAAAUCAUGACAUACCAACAACAAAUUUUGCGAGUGAAGGAUAAGGACUACUUCCCCAUUAUUGUUGUCGGCAACAAGUGCGAUUUAGAGAGCGACCGCGCAGUUUCCCAGCAGGAGGGUGAGGCUUUGGCCCGUCAGUUCGGCUGCAAGUUUAUCGAGACCUCGGCCAAGUCUCGGAUCAACGUCGAUAACGCUUUUUACGACCUCGUUCGCGAAAUCCGUCGCUACAACAAGGAGAUGUCGUCCUACCCAUCUGGAAGUGGGGCUUUCGGCGGUGGUGCUUCUCACGGAGGCAAGUUGGACAUGUCGGAGCCUGGCGACGAUGCCGGCUGCUGCUCGAAAUGUGUCAUCAUGUAG